CAACUCACUCUCCCUCUCCCUUCUCUGCGCGCCAUUGUGCCGGUAAGGAUGAAUGCCUCUGCGUGCCUUGUGCCUCUGCUCACCAAGGAGGAACACAUGCUGUGGGCUGAGAGGAUCAAGCCACAUCGACCACACUGUGUUUCGGUGUACAACAACCUGGUACAGCAUGGAAAGGGCCUGGUCUCUCACGACACCUUCUACGUGCUGCGGGACCGGCCAGGCUCAGUCACGAUACUGCACGAGAAUGAGGGUCCCGGCUGGUUUCCGUGUGUGCAGGUUGGGGAGGGCAGGCGUGCGUCACCUCUUGGAGAACGCAAAGUACGGUGGAAUACGCCUGGACCUCAUGUACCGGAUGGCAGAGGGCGUGCCUUAUAUAGGAGUGUACCAGGAUCCAACCAGUGCACACGAGGCAACGGUAGACCCAGAGAAUCUUCCUGUUGCUGGAGACGAGGAAAUACCAGUGUCUUGGAUUUGCUCAGCUCCCAUAGGAGACAUGGGCAAAAUGAAAACAGACAAGAGGUUCCGGAGACUUGGUUUUUUUACGCUACUGAGCAUGACAUUAGCGAGGAUGCAAUCUGCCCUCAUUGGUUUUAUUCCCCAUGCGUACAUUGACAUGGGCAAUUAUGCUUCUCAAGCGGGGAUUGCAAAGUUGCCAGGCUGGAGUAUGACGCAUGAAAGUAUCUGGAUAAAAAAAAAUCACGCAUCUUUAUAGUUGAAUUAUGAAUGUCUUAUUAUCAUUAUGGUGGUCCACGAGACUGUAACCUUUCCACUAGGAGCCAAUGGGGAUAAAAUGUGUAUGUAUGAAUGUGUGGUAUUUUCUGUGUUAUGUAUGAGGCACCGCUAAGUGGGAUCGCCGGCCUGUGUAUAUAGACAGAUUAUUAUUCAUUCAUAUAAAAGGACUGGCUAAGCCUUGAAUACACAAAUUGAUAACAUAUAUUGAUGAAAAAAUAGUAUGUGUUAAGAAUGAUAUUCCUGAAUGGGUGUAUGAUAACAUGUUACAAAAAGAUGUAGGUAAGGUAAUAGACAUUUCAAUAACACAUUCAAUAUACGUAAUAUUAAAGUACACAGAAUGGCUGUUGUUUGAUUAUAAUCCAAAUUCAAGACUAGGUACUGGAGAUCAGCAAUUAUUUCACUGAUAGGUAUAUCACUGGAGAAUCUUUUAUGUAUGACUUUGUUGUAUGCAAGUGUAAUGAUACUGAUUAUAUUCUGAACACUUCCGCGUGUCGCUUCCAUUAUAUUCAUAAGCUUCUUGAAAUUACAUAGGUUUUUCAAGAUGUUUUUUUUAUUAUGAUUCUAGUAACAGAUUAACAAAAUUUCUACACCUUUGACACGGUAAAUACUUGAGAACCCAGCUACUUAUUUUCAUGACCUGUGAAAAUAGUCAUGACGAGGGGCAAAAGCGUUUCAGAGUAGGAACCACAGCAACUCAGCAGCCCAGCAAGGCGAGGGAAGUGGCGGGGCAGACUCACUGUAUGUCAGCGGCCACACUCUGCAGCAGGAACCUCAGCUCAGCAUUUUCGCGCCUCAGACGCUCCACCCUCUGCGACUCCUCCAGGCGACCUGCUCAUAGGAGACACACACACACACACACACACACACACACACACACACACACACACACACACACACACACACACACACACACACACACA